GAAGUCAUUUGGGAUAUUCUCACCAGCAUGGCAUCAAGUGGAGUCAGCUCUGAUGACAUGGAAAGGAGUUUGGAAGGGGAGUUUGGCGGUGGAAUGCUGACUGCAAAAUCCUACGUGUGUGAGGAGUGCAGCAAGCAGUUCAGUCGGAAGGGUGAUCUGAAGACUCACAUGCGCACGCACACAGGGGAGAAACCUUACAAGUGUGAGGAGUGCAGCAAGCAGUUCAGUCAUCUGGGUAAUCUAAAGACCCAUAUGCGGACUCACACAGGGGAGAAACCCUACAUGUGUGAGGAGUGCAGCAAACAGUUUUGUCAGCUGUCUGAUCUGAAGAGACACAUGCGGACUCACACUGGUGAGAAACCCUACAGGUGUGAGGAAUGUGGCAAACAGUUCACGGAUCUGGGUAAUCUAAGGAAACACACGCAAACUCACACUGGUGAGAAACCCUACAGGUGUAAGGAAUGUGGCAAACAGUUCAGUGAGGCGGGUAGUCUGAAGAUGCACAUGCGGACUCAUACUGGUGAGAGGCCUUACAGGUGUGAGGAGUGCAGCAGGCAGUUUACUCAGCCGGGUAGUCUGAAGACUCACAUGCGCACUCAUACAGGGGAUAAACCUUACAAGUGUGAGGAAUGUGGCAAGCAGUUCAGUCGAAUGGGUGAUCUGAAGUCACACAUGCAGACUCAUACUGGAGAGAAACCCUACAUGUGUGGGGAGUGCAGCAAGCGGUUCAGUUGUCUUUACAGUCUGAAGAAACACAUGCGGACUCACACUGGUGAAAAACCUUACGUGUGUGAGGAGUGCAGCAAGCAGUUCCGUCAGUUGGGUAAUCUGAAGUCACACAUGCGGACUCACACUGGUGAGAAACCCUACAGGUGUGAGGAGUGCAGCGAGCAGUUCCGUCAUCGUUCCAGUCUAAAGAAACACAUGCAGACUCACACUAGGCAUAAUUCUUAAAAUGUUCCGAGUGUUGCAAACCAUCACAAGAGUCAUCUUAAAGGCCCAUUAUGUAACUUUUUGACAAUACAAAAAGUAUAUUUUCCAGUCUUUUCUUUUCAUAGUAAGUUGACUUAACCCUUUAGUAUUCCAGAGCAAUAUUCAGCCAUAAAAAAAUACAACAUCCUUGCUCCAAAAAAGCAUGAUAGAAGACUGAAUGAUCUUCUAUUCAAACCUCUGGCCACACCGAACGUAUGGUAUUGUCCAGGCCGGUCGUGUGGCCUACCUCCCAGUGGGGUGUCAGUCGACAGCUUACAAGUUUCCUAAAGACCUAAUCGUUUACCAGAUUUUUGAUCUCUUUUGAAGGGGUAAUGACCACAGUUUAUUGAUGACUAACAAAGUGCACUAAGUAGAUAAUUAUAUUCCACCUCAUGUAAAAGAUAUGAGUGUUUCCAAACAAGCUAAUCUUGUGACAUGUGCCCCUGUCUAUCUAGCCUGGCAUGCCAGACUAAUUAGCCACCCUAGGGGGCCAACCACUGUAAUUGUUUUUGUUGUUGUCCUAGUGUAAGGCCAAACCGGUGGCACUGGGAACUGGGGGCUGUUUGAAUCAACAAAAAAUAUGCAUGUCAAAAAUGUAUAAUAAUGACACAAAUGUGUUGAAA